AUGUGCUCGUGUGAAGCUUAUACAUUCUAUGCUGGUGGCACAAGUGGCUGGGUUUUAAAUCCUACUGAAUCUUACAGUCAUUGGUCUGACAGAAAUCGCUUUCAAGUCAAUGAUACCAUUAUUUUCAAGUUCAAAAUUGGGUCAGAUUCUGUUCUUAUAGUUGACCAAGAUGAUUAUUCCAAGUGCAACAAGGACAAGCCAAUUCGUGAACUAAAACAUGGUGAUUCAAAAAUCAAGCUUUACAGAUCAGGCCCAUUCUAUUUCAUCAGUGGACAUGAAGAUAAUUGUGAGAAGGGCCAGAAGCUCAAAGUUGUUGUGUUAUCUCCCAACCAUAAAGCCCACAAUGCCUUGAGCCCAGUCACUGAGCCCAUUGGGUCAGUUUCACCAGCCCCGUCUCCGGCCCAAUCGGCUGCAGGGUUUACUGUUAGUCCUAGUGGUUUCCUUUGGGGCUUUAGUUUGAUGAUAGCAGCAUAUAUCUGUAUCUUGGUUUAA